AUGGCUACCCCCGACGCGAGCAAGUUCACCACCUCCGAUCAGAUCUUCUCCGCGAGCCACACACUCCCCCAGAUUCGCUCCAUUCACAAGGCCCUUCAUGUCGAGAUUGAGGAUAAAGCAAGCCGCCUGCGCACGCGGGUAGGCGGAUCUUACCGCGAUCUGCUGGGCACGGCCGAUACUAUUGUUCAGAUGCGCAACGACAACGAUGCGGUCCAGGAGCUGCUGGGCAACAUGGGCUGGCGAUGCGGCAGGGCGGUGGUGUCGACAAAGGUUGCUGGCAUGGCCAAGUUUGUGGAAAAGGAGCGGAAAUCAGAUAUUGCUGCGUCUGCUAGACAGAGGCUGCUGGAUGGGUGCCUCUUGGUAGUCGGCAGGCUGCUGAGGGGUCGUGGAGAGCUGGACGAGAGCAUCAAGACAGGCGACAGAUUGGUGCUGACGGCAAAGGUAUGGGUGUUGAGCCGCCUGUUGGUCAAGAGCCUAGGGAAUGAAUUUUCCGACGACGAGGCUCGACAAGCCGCCGAUGCGGCCAAGAAGAAGCUCGAUAGCUUGCGCCGCCGGCUCAAGAGAACCCUAGAGAAGACUAUGGAGAAGGCUGGCGCCGACUCUGAUAGGGACGACGUGCUAAAGGCUCUGGCUGCGCAUAGUCUUGCAAAUAGCUCUGGAGCCAAGGACACUCUGAGGCACUUCUUUGAAGUGAGAUUCAAAGCCCUCGCAGUGGCCUUGGACUCUGAAGAAGAAGACGAGCGGGUGGGGAGCUCAGACGAUGUUAUCCAGAGCCUAAAGCUCUACGCCCGGACUUUGCUGGACGUUCAGGCCUUGGUGCCAAACAAGCUCUCACAGGCUCUCAAUGCCCUGACAAAGAAGCCUCUUCUAGAGGAUGCCUCGCUCCAGAAGCUGGAAGGACUGCGACUCGACAUUUUUGAGAGGUGGUGUGGCGAGGAGAUUCAGUAUUUUACGCCCUUCAUUCGCCAUGAUGACCUUGACGGGUCGCAAGCAAGGGAAAUGUUUGACAGCUGGGUCGAAAAGGGCCAACAAGUGUUGCUUCGCGGCUUAAACAAGACAUUGGAGGCUAUGCACGAUUUCAAAUCCAUAACGGAGCUGCGGACCAACCUUCUUCAGCUAUGGAUACGCGAAGGCAGUAAGGUGCGAGGUAUCGACUCCGAAGAGAUGCAGAACAAUUUGCGAAAGGCCGUUAAUGCGCAAAUGCUCUCUGUUCUGGAGUCAAAAGUCGCCAAACUACAUAUUGUUGGCUCUGAAAUAAAGGCCACGUUGGAUAGCUGGAAAGAUGGCGUGACAGGGAAACUACCCGGUCUAUGGGACGAAGAAGGCUACGAGGAUGCACUGUCUAGCGGCGCUCGCCCAUUCCUACAAGAAGUCGCGUCACGAUUUUACGGCCGCAGCGAUGCCGUGUCCAAGGCACUCAACUGUUACUACUCCUGGUUCCACAUCAUCGACGACGUAAAGGAGGUGGUUGGACAACUGGAGAAGCAGCGAUGGGAUAACGACUUUGACGAAAUCGAAGAUGAAGAGACUAUAGAAGCGAGACAGCAGCUGCUGAGCAAGGACGAUCCGAAGAUGCUGCAGCAGAAGCUAGACGCUAGUCUUGAUGCAUCUUUUGAAGCCCUUGAAAAGGAGAUGCAGCAGUUAUGGACUGGCAAAUCCGAGAGCGGUAGUAGCAGUGCCAUCGCCAUGUAUCUGAUUCGAGUUUUGAGAGACAUUCGCCGCCAACUGCCACAGCGCGAUUCUAUCAAAGAUUUUGGCCUAGGCAUGGUCCCCGCGCUCCACCAGACAAUUGUUCUCUCGGCGUCAGAAUCCCCAGUGGAUGAAUUCAUUACGGCUGGGCUCUCUGGGAGGGUAGCGGUUGGUAGACCCCUGUGGGAGGGUGACCCAGCAUUACCAAAUCAGCCAUCGCCAGAGACAUUUCAAUUCCUCCAUAGCUUGUUGCUCUCUCUAUCAGCUGCGGGAGUUGAUCUGUGGACAGCAGCCGCAUUGGUCGCUUUGAAGAAGCAUGUUAGCCAGAGGCUAUGUGAGGCAUGGAAUCAAGAACUCCAGAGCAUAGUAUUUGAUAGAGGAGUAAAGGAAGAGAAGGAGGAUGCUGAAAACGAAAAGGAAGAGCCGAAGGAAGAGAGUGAGGAGGAAGUAAAGAAGGCAGAGGAGGCCAGUGGUGAAGAAGAAAAAGAACCGCAGGAGGAUACAGAGAAGGAGACGGAGCCAAAAGAAGAUGGACAAGAAGGAAAUGACAGAGAUGGCAAGGAAGAGCCCAAAGUCGAGGAAAAGGGAGAGGCGAUUACGGAUGAGAAAGACAAGGAAGCCGAGAAAGAAGAGGACAAUACGUCUGGCAACGAUCAGCUACGAGAUCUUUGUAUCCAAUGGUUGUUCGACAUUUCCCUCCUACGCCUCUCAGUUGGAAAUGGAGGGGGAGAGACAACAGACGAGUUCCAAAAGCUGGAAGAUGCCGUAUAUGAACGCAGCGGCCUGGAGGAUUCCUCACGACAGCACGUCGACAAGGCAGCAAAGCACUUUUGGAGCCGGACGAGCUUGUUGUUUGGAUUAUUGGCAUGAGACACGCAACAUUCGCGUAUUGCUCCCUAGCGGGCUGUCCUUUAAUGACAUUACGGAUUAAUUACAUAGCCUUAGAAUCGUCAUUCGUCAUGUUU